AUGCCCUUUAAGUUGAUGAUCUUCAUGUGCAAAGCCCUCCCAUUUUCCCCAUUUUUUUUCUCUUUUCUUGCAGAAGCUGGCCAGGUGGUGCAGCCAUUUUCUGCCACCAAUGGUGCAUGUAAAUGGACCUUGAGACACCUGGUCUCAGCUUUGGCUCUACACAGCUACACGUUUAAAACACCAGGAAACAAGAUAAAUAGCCAGGUGAUCCGGUCGAGGAGAUUGUUUUCUGCAACCCUGUUGUUGUCUUCAGGUACUCAACUGUUUUUGACUAGAAAACUAGAUGGAAAAGGAAAUUUGACAGCAGUUUACAAGGUCAUUGAACUGGAUGAACAAAGUGAUGGACGGGAGAUGCAACAAGCUCUAGCUGAGUGGAAUCGUCAGGGGACAGUGCCUAACGUGUUCGUUGCAGGAAAGCACAUCGGUGGCUCUGACGCCGUGGUGGCUAAGUAUGAAGCUGGGGAGCUGCUGCACCUUCUUGUAGCUGCCGGCUCCAUGCCCAACAUACAACUGUGAACCUGCUGUACUACUGAACUAAGAGCUGCAACCCACAUUAUCAAUGUAUCUGUUUCUAGAUUAUUAUGGAAAUUUUACCAAACACUAUCUAAUUCCUGUUUUAUUUGGAGUUAAUUCACAAUUCUAUGA